GGGCUGCUCACGUGAUUAGUAGCCCAGCCGUUAAACCGACCAAGCUCGAGCUCACCAGCGCGCGGUGCACAAAAGGCCCCGGAUGAUCGGUUGAGGUUAAAAAUGAGAAGGAAUUUGUCUCCAGGAAUCUCAAACACCUGUUUUGAUAUCUCUGUCUAGACGUUUAACAUGUGGAGCAAGGGAUUCAAUCGACCAUCCUUCCUGCUCAGACAGUGGGGAGGGAUUCACUCGAUCAUCUGACAGACUGGCACGCCCGUCAUUUUAUACAGGAGAAAGGCCGUUCACCUGCUCAAACAGUGGGAAUCGAUUCACUCGGUCAUCUUAAUUGAAGGUACAUCAGCAAGUUCACACUGGGCAAGGCCUUUCACCUGUUCUGUGUGUGAGAAAGGUUUCAGUCAGUCGUCUCACCUGUGGACACACCAGUCUGUUCACACAGGGCAGAGGCUGGUCAUCUGCUGAAUUUCUGGGAAAGGAUUCACUCAGUCAUCUGACCUAAUGGCUCACCAGCGUGUUUACACCGGGGAGAGGCCGUUCACCUGCUCAGACUCUGGGAAGGGAUUCACUCAGUCAUCCGACCUACGGAGACACCAGCAAGUUCACAAUGGGAAGAAGCUGUUCUCCUGCUCAGUCUGUGAGAAGAGAUUCACUCGGUCAUCCCACCUACAGAGUCAUCAGCGAGUUCACACUGGGGAGAAGCCGUUCACCUGCUCAGUCUGUGGGAAGAGAUUCACUCACUCUUCCACCCUACUGGUACAUCAGCGAGUUCACACUGGGGAGAAGCCGUUCACCUGCUCAGUCUGUGGGAAGGGAUUCACUCAGUCAUCCCACCUACAGAAUCAUCAGCGAGUUCACACCGGGGAGAAGCCGUUCACCUGCUCAGAAUGUGGGAAGGGAUUCGCUCAGUUAUCCGACCUACAGACUCAUCAGCGAGUUCACACUGGGGAGAAGCCGUUCACCUGCUUAGUCUGUCAGAAGAGAUUCAGUCGGUCAUCCCACCUACAGAGUCAUCAGCGAGUUCACACUGGGGAGAAGCUGUUCACCUGCUCAGAAUGUGGGAAGGGAUUCACUCAGUUAUCCAGCCUACAGACUCAUCAGCGAGUUCACACUGGGGAGAAGCCGUUCACCUGCUUAGUCUGUCAGAAGAGAUUUAGUCGGUCAUCCGACCUACAGACUCAUCAGCGAGUUCACACUGGGGAGAAGCCAUUCACCUGCUUAGUCUGUCAGAAGAGAUUUAGUCGGUCAUCCCACCUACAGAGUCAUCAGCGAGUUCACACUGGGGAGAAGCCGUUCACCUGCUCAGAAUGUGGGAAGAGAUUCACUCGGUCAUGCGACCUACAGGGUCAUCAGAGAGUUCACACUGGGGAGAAGCCAUUCACCUGCUUAGAAUGUGGGAAGGGAUUCACUCAGUCAUCCAACCUACAGAGUCAUCAGCGAGUUCACACUGGGGAGAAGCCAUUUCCCUGCUCAGUAUGUGGGAAUAGAUUCAGUCUGUCAUCCGACCUACAGAUUCAUCAGCGAGUUCACACUGGGGAGAAGCCGUUCACCUGCUCAGUCUGUGGGAAGGGAUUCACUCAGUCAUCCAACCUACAGAGUCAUCAGCGAGUUCACACUGGAGAGAAGCUGUUCACCUGCUCAGUCUGUGAGAAGAGAUUCACUCACUCUUCUGCCCUAAUGGUACAUCAGCGAGUUCACACUGGGGAGAAGCCGUUCACCUGCUCAGAAUGUGGGAAGAGAUUCACUCGAUCAUCCACCCUACAGAGUCAUCAGCGAGUUCACUCUGGGGAGAAGCCGUUCACCUGCUCAGUCUGUGGGAAGAGAUUCACUAAUUCAUCCACCCUACAGAGACAUCAGCGAGUUCACACUGGGGAGAAGCCAUUCACCUGCUCAAUCUGUGGGAAGAGAUUCGUGGAUCAAUGCACCCUACAGAGACAUCAGCAAGUUCACACUGGGGAGAAGCCGUUCACCUGCUCAGUCUGUGGGAAGAGAUUCACUCAGUCAUUCACCCUACAGAGACAUCAGCGAGUUCACACUGGGGAGAAGCCAUUCACCUGCUCAGUCUGUGGGAAGAGAUUCACUCUGUCAUCCAACCUACAGAGUCAUCAGCGAGUUCACACUGGGGAGAAGCCGUACACCUGCUCAGAAUGUGGGAAGGGAUUCACUCAGUCAUCCAACCUACAGAUUCAUCAGUGAGUUCACAGUGGGGAGAAGCCGUUCACCUGCUCAGUCUGUGGGAAGAGAUUCACUAAUUCAUCCAGCCUACAGAGUCAUCAGCGAGUUCACACUGGGGAGAAGCCGUACACCUGCUCAGAAUGUGGGAAGGGAUUCACUCACUCAUCCACCCUACAGAGUCAUCAGCGAGUUCACACUGGGGAGAGGCCGUUCCCCUGUUCAGUCUGUGGGAAGAGAUUCACUCAGUCAUCCCACCUACUGGCACAUCAGCGAGUUCACACUGGGGAAUGGCCAUUGUUAUGAAUCCCCAGAUUUCAUUUGCUGUGGACUGUCAUUUUGAGAGAGAGAGAGAGAUUAAGAAGGUGAAUCAGUCUGACUUGCAGCUUGUUUACAUCGCUCACAGCUUGUUUAGUAUUAACCAAGGACACAGGUACUUUAGUUUUAACUGAGAACACACUCAGAGUCAGACGGAGAUGAAGGAGGAAAAAUGGAAGGUUUGAAACAAGGGAACUAGUGACCAAGGGUCACUGUUUCGAACUUUCCUAUGCCCACAAGGUUGGGUUAAUUAUCAAUUCAGCGAACAUCGAAUGUGUGAUUGUCACCUUGUUUGAUCCAUAGGAGUGGAUCUGAUUUGGGGUAUCCUGUGAAGACCACUUAUGUGUUAACCCUUGCCUGGCUGUGGUGUGGAAAUUCACUUGAAGACGAUACUCGUUGUGCCAAGUCACUUUUGGUGAUAAUUUGUAUGUGGAUUUGGAACAACGACGGAUAAAUUCUACAGUGACUGUUCUCUCGUUUUACCACCAUGGAUGCUGUGGAAUUCAAUGUUAUUGGCUUCUCUCGACAUUUACCCUGGAUUACAAAUAUCUCUCUCUCCUCAACUAUUCUGUGGUUGAACUGAACUUUCAUAGUUCACCAUCUCAAGACUCCAAGCCUUGUUUCCCCUGAGCUCAAAAGUUUGGGAGUUAUAUUUACCCACAUAUAUACACGUAACACUGUUAACUUUUGUUUAUCUUGCUUAAGUUACUAUAUUGU